AUGUUUCCCCCACCACCCGCCGCUCUAGACUGGAACGAUAUUGGCUUCAAAGUGCGCGAUGUCAACGGUCAUGUAGAAUGCCACUUCUCUACCUCCGGCAACGGCCAAUGGUCACGUCCACGCUUUGUGGCCUCCCCCUUCCUCAACAUCCACGGCAUGGCCCCCGGUCUUAACUACGGCCAACAAGUCUACGAAGGUCUCAAAGCUUUCCGCCACGCCGGCAACAGCAAAAUAACCAUCUUCCGACCCGACCGCAACGCAAAACGCAUGCAGCACUCUGCAGCCGUGGUCUCCAUCCCGCCCGUCCCCGAAGAUCUCUUCCAGGAAUGCGUGGCCCUGGCAGUGGGCGCCAAUGCCGAGUUUGUCCCUCCGCAUGAGUCCGGCGCCGCCAUGUAUGUGCGUCCGCUGCUUUUCGGUUCCUCCGCCCAAUUGGGACUUAGUCCCCCGGAUGGAUAUACGUUGGCGGUAUUCGUGAUGCCCACGGGGGUUUAUCACGGGGCGCAUGCGGUUGAUGCGUUGAUAUUGGAGGAUUUUGACCGGUCUGCGCCGCAUGGUACGGGUGAUGCCAAGGUCGGUGGGAAUUAUGCGCCUGUGCUGCGGCAUAGUGAUAAGGCUCGGAAUGAGGGGUUCGGGAUCACGCUGCAUUUGGAUAGUGCGACGCGCAGUGAGAUUGAUGAGUUCUCAACUUCGGCUUUUGCAGGCGUGAGGCGUGAUGGGGACGUCGUGACUAUUGUACAGCCCGAUAGCCGGAACGCGAUUGAUUCGGUCACCGCGGCGUCUGUUGCGGACAUUGCGCGAAAGCUGGGGUAUAAGGUGGAAAAGCGCCGGGUUGGAUAUGAGGAGCUGGGCCAGUUUGAUGAGGUCUUUGCUGCUGGUACGGCAGCGGCACUGGUGCCGGUGCGGAGUAUCACGAUGCGCUCUCGCGGGGAGAAGUUUGAAUAUCAAUCUGGCGAGAAGGGUGAGGGUGGUGAGGUGUGCGUCAAACUCUUGCAGACGCUUCGGGGGAUCCAGUCCGGUGGCAUUGCAGAUGACAUGAACUGGAAUUACGAAGUCCAGGCCCCUCCGAAGCAGUGGUUGGAGGAAGGCAAUGUCGAAAAGGUGGACAGUGGUGCGAAUGUACCUUGA